AUGUCAUUCAACCUCCACCCCCUCAUCAACAACGGCAUCACCGCAGGCUCCUCCUCCUUCUCCGGCGGCAAACUCUCCUGCCACUGCAAAGCCUCCCCCGUCACCGUUUCCCUAACCUCAAACAUCGCCCACAAUCACGCCUGCGGCUGCUCCAAGUGCUGGAAACCCUCUGGUGCCAUUUUCAGCAUCGUGGGCGUAGUACCUCGCUCUGCCCUCAGCGUCGCCUCCGGCGAAAGCAAACUAUACAUCGUCGACAAGGAUGCAGUGAUUCAGCGCCAUGCUUGCAAAGAAUGCGGUGUGCAUAUGUUCGGACGCAUCGAGGUGGACCAUGCCUUCCACGGUUUGGAUUUCGUGCAUGUGGAGUUGAGCAAGGAAAAGGGAUGGCAGGAAGUCCAGUUUGCGGCAUUCGUGAGCAGUGUCGUUGAGCAAGGCCUUGUUGCUCCCGAGGAAGCGGAUAAAGUCAGGCAGCAGUUGAAGGGACUGGGAUUGAGCACGUAUGAUGCUUUGAGUCCAGGUCUGAUGGAUGCCAUUGCGGCGUUUGUGGCAAAGAAGAAUGGAGUGUUGAGGGAGUCGAAGUUGUAA